AUGACCUUGAAUAUGGGCAGGGGCAGGCCCAUUCCGCAGCCACUACCUGAUCCCAAGGAUUAUGUUGUUGAGUUUGACGGCCCUGAAGACCCAAACCACCCUUUCAACUGGGACUCUUUAAUCAAACUUUUUACUUCCAUUCUUGUUUGCAGCGGCACCUUCAUCGUGUCCUUUACCAGCGCGGUCUUCGCCCCAGGCAUCGAGAGUGCCAGCAAGGAAUUUGGAGUUGGAGUAGAAGUCUUAACACUGGGAACUACACUAUAUGUUCUUGGGUUUGCAUGCGGGCCGGUAAUAUGGGCUCCUGCAUCCGAGCUCCGUGGACGAAAAUGGCCUCUGACAAUUGCUUUGUUGGGUGGAGGGAUCUUCACCAUUGCAUCUGCGGUUGCAAAGGACAUCCAGACACUGAUCAUAUGCCGCUUCUUUGCCGGAACCUGCGGCGCAAGCCAGCUUACUGUUGUACCUGGUGUAUUGUCGGAUAUUUUCAAUAACAAAUACCGCGGGAUGGCCAUAUCACUGUACGCUUUGACUGUCUUCGUGGGACCAUUCUGCGCUCCAUUCACAGGUGGUUUUAUUGCGUCUAGCUACCUAGGUUGGAGAUGGACUCUGUAUAUCCCGGCAAUUCUUAGUCUGGUCAACGGGGCUCUCUCGGUUUUUUUCUUACGAGAAACAUAUGUGCCUUGUCUUCUCGUAGAGAAGGCCGCCAAACUUCGCCGGGAGACUAACAAUUGGGGCAUUCAUGCGAAACAAGAACGACUUGAGGUCGACCCAAAGGAGCUGAUAGAAAAGUUCUUCAUCCGCCCUUUGAGGAUGUUGGUUACAGAGCCGAUCAUCCUCCUUGUGUCGAUGUACAUGUCUUUUAUCUAUGGCCUGGUCUAUGCGCUUCUUGAAGCUUACCCCUACGUUUUCGAGAAUAUCUACGGUAUGAGACCAGGAGUCAGCGGUCUUCCAUUCAUAGGUUUGAUUGUCGGUCAGGUAAUUGCCUGCAGCUUCAUUUUAUCUCAGCAUGCAAGCUAUACCAAGAAACUGGUGGAAAAUAAGAAUGUCCCGGUUCCUGAAUGGCGUCUCCGCCCAGCGCUACUCGGGGCCCCGAUAUUUACAAUCGGUAUAUUCUGGUUUGGAUGGACAGGUUUUACGCCAGCAAUCCACUGGGCUGCUCCAACCGUUGCCGGAGGUUUCAUUGGGUUCGGGGUCCUGUGCGUCUUUUUGCCAUGUUUCAACUACCUGGUCGAUGCUUACUUGCCGCUAGCGGCGUCCACAGUGGCUGCGAAUAUCAUCCUUCGUUCGUCAGUUGCGGCGGGGUUCCCUCUUUUCUCAAAACAAAUGUUCGCCAAUAUGGGAGUUCAAUGGGCCUGCACUCUACUUGGGUCUUUAGCCGGUAUCAUGAUACCAAUACCGUUCGCUUUCAGAAUUUAUGGCCCUUGGCUGAGGGGAAAGAGCAAAUUAUUCAAGAAGGUGGAUUGUAAAGGGAAGCAGUUUUUGUAA